AUGAGGGAUUGCAUUGAGGAAAGUGGAGUAAAUGGUGUGAAAAAUUUGAUCAAGAAAUUUGUAAAGGAGGACCCUCCUUCUGUGAUUUUGCAGUCCAUCCAAGGUAGAGAUAAUUUGGAACUAACAGAAGGAAGGCUUUUAGUGUCUCAUAACACCAAAUUAAUGGCAAAUUUGACUACAGAAGGUCAAAUUAGUGUGUUUUUAGAUACAUCGGGAGGCGAGAUUGAGAGUUUUGAUACUAGACAGAAAGACAUUGCUCUAAAGGAAAUAGAAAUAUACUGUUUAAAAGGGAGGACUGAAUCAAAAACUGUAAUAUCAGAGGCUAUUUGGUGUAAAUCCAUUAUUAGAGAGGAUAAUCUCAGGGAGUUCGAGAUUACCCCAACUUUGGUUCUACUUGAAAAAUCAACAGAAAGCAUCGGUGAAAACAACAAAUGUUUGUACUGUAAAAAACAUUCAGAAAACCAGUUUUUGACUAUCUUACAAUUUUCUAGAAUAGGUGACUUUGAGGACGAAGGAUAUGAGGUUGUUGAGUUGGAUGUAAAAGUUGAUUCAGAAAACGGGAUUAACUUUAAUAAGCCGGUAUCUAUUGAUUUGGAAGCUUCCAGAAGUCAGAAAACACAUAGCACAAAUCACACGAAGACAAAAAUCAGGUAUUCCAGGAUUCCAAUUAAGUAUAUAUUUGAAACUUUUUUUAAUAAGAAGGUAGAGUUCUCGGAAUGCAAUAAAGCUUGUAAAGGUUGUUUCUCAUUUAAUAAUGUUCAAAUUUUUGUUGAUAACACUAUGGAAUCAGGAUUUGUGAUGAUCAUGGCUAAUAUGGUACUAUUCUCUUUAGACUUUAUUGAAGGCCGUUCUCUGGUUCUGAAUAGAAGGUUUUUGAUUCAAGAUUUUCGGAAUCCUCAAAUUCGGUUUUCUGGUUUUGUAUUAAAAAGUGGAUGGCUUGUCUCAAUUUCAUUUGAUACUUUUGAGUUGUUAAUUUGGAAUUACUACCAAGGAAUCGCAUUUAGAAUGAUUAAGCUAAAUAAAGAUUGCUUUGAUUUUUCAGCCUCAGAUAAGGAAAGAGUUGAUAUUUUAGUUAGUCUUUCAUUUGGGGGAGAUUUAUCAAAAUUAUUUUUGGUAUUUGAUUAUCUUAAUGGUGAUGCUUUUAAACAUCCAAAGCAAGUUGGAAUAUUUAUGAUUGAUUUAAAUGUUGUUUUUAGUCAAAUUUUGUGUUCUUAUUGUAUAUUAAAGUUCUUGUUUGACAUAGGAGAAGCUUCAGAGAAGAGAAUUCCUGACCCAGGAAUAGAAUUGAGAGAAAAGUUGCAAAUUAGCUCUGGCAGUAUACCUCAUGUUCAGUUAUAUGGUGAGUAUUCAUCCCUUACAGUUUAUCCAGAAGCCUUUCAUCUCGGAGAAGAACUCAAAGCAUUGGAUAGAAUUAUAAAGUCUCUUUCUGAGGAAUCCAGUGAAUACCUAGAUUCCACAGAUUUGACUAAAAGCUCAAAUCCAAGAUUAGAUUUAACCAGAUAUGAGUUCGGAUGGCCUCUUUUGUUCAACAGAAGUUGGUUUUCUGGUGAUUUAUUCUGUAACUAUAAAAUGAAUAAGAUCAUCGUUUCUACUAUUGAAAAUCUUAUUGAAAACAACAAUUCAGAAGAUUUAAUUGAUCAUUUUGAAGAGUUAAGCAACAAUAUGUAUUUGGAUAUUGUUUAUAGUCCUUUAAAAAAGUCUUUGGAAGGGUUUUCCGAUCUAAAAUUUUCAGAACCUGUAAAUAACAGACAAAAAAUUAAGAAUUACUCAGAUUUAAUGCAAAUUAGCGAAACUUUUUGCAGUUUUGAGGACAAACCAUUAUUGCAAAAAUCAAGCUUUAUAUACGGUCAUUUAAUUUCCAUAUCUACUGAUGAACCUCCUAAUAAUGGAGAAUCUCAAUUUGAAAUUGGAUUUAUUGACAUUAUUUCAUCAUCCAAUACAGUUUUGAUUCAGUUUUCUAUUACAGGUUUCUUUAAGAAGCAUAUAAGUUUUUGCAUUUCUGAAGAUAAUAAACAACUUUUUAUCCACCAGUUAAGUUUCAAAAGUGAGUAUUCUAUGAUGAUUAUGAGCCUAUCCAGAGUCAUAGAUUGCCACUACUUUGUAUUGAAGGAUGCUGAAACUGGGAAUUCAUAUAUUGGUUUGUUUUCGAAAACCAUGAGCUUACUUGGACUAAUUUACUCCAAUGUAAUGUGUCAAGAUAUUUGUCAUUUACAGAGAAUUUGUGAAUAUAAUAAGGUAGAUCCGUGUAUUAUUCCUUUAAUACAACUGGAAAUAGGAUUCAAACAUGAAGAUUUGAAAUUAAUAAGCCUUUCACUGGAAAAUACCCCAAUGAUACUUAAUAUAGUAAUUGUCAAGUUAGCCCAGAGUAUGUUACAAGAUACUAAAUUACACUUAUCUUUGGACUUUACAAAAGAAUCUUCCAAAUUAUUCCUCAAUUUUUGUCUGGAAAAAAUUAAAUAUUACUCAGAGAAUGAAUUGACCGUAUCAGAAGAAGAAAUAAGGCAAGGAGAAUCAAAAGUAGAUGAGUUUCUACAGGAGAUUUCUUACUAUUUGUCAGUAUUUAGAAGGCAUCUAAAUAUUAAUUCAGAUUUAAUGACCCAUGAAAAUGUUAAGAAUCAAAACAAACAAGAGGAUGAUCCAGAUCAUGAAUCAAUUGACGAAGCAAUUGAAAGAUCCAAUGUAGGUGAUUGCCACUAUAAUAGUGUAAUUUUGUGCAAAAAUGAAACAUUUAUUAGAGACCAGGUGAUAAUGGGACAUUAUUCUAGCUUGAUUGACUGGUAUUUAAAGAACAGCAAAGAAAAAAACCCUAAAUUAUUUAGAAUAGAGGUUUUACAUGAAAUUUACAAGCUGAUUUGUACUUUAAGUACCAACUCUCUGACAUUAUCAAUUCAUAUGCUGAGACAAAUUGGUGAGAAUACAACUCAGUACUUAAAGAGUAUUUUGUAUCAUACAAGUAGGAGAGAAAUAAGGAGAAGGUUAAUUAAUCACUUAAGACAUUUUGGUGUUUUGGAUGAUGAUGAUAUUGCUCUUAUUCAAUUCAAUACUGAAUUGGAAAGCUACUAUCCAAACAAUUGCUAUUCUGUGGAACGAAAUAGGGUGUGGACAUCCUUAUUUACUUACUCUAUUCCAUAUAAUAUUUUAUCAGAUUGCAAUUUGGAAGGAGAAUUCAAAGCUAACACUGAUAAUGAAUGCACUAUGCAGGAGGAUAUAGAUGAUGAAAAGCUUGGAAAUUACUGCCUUUAUUUGAAUGAUAAUUUAGAUAACUACUAUUUCUAUGGAGGGAUUGAUCAGGGAAGCCAUGUAAACAAUCCAAUUUUCUCUGCAAUGACUUACCCCUUUGGUGGCCUACAGGCUUUAAAAACUGGAUUCAGAAUAAACAAGGAGUUUAAUCUACAGUAUUUCGAGGAUUUAAAGAAGAUUAUAGGUGUGACUAGCAUAUCGGCUAAAAAGUUAUCAAAAAACAAAGAUGAUAGAUAUAGAAUUGAAAAUAAGGAGAGUAUUGAAAUAAGUAACAGAGACCUGUUCUAUUCUAACUUUUCCACUGAAGCUAUUUCUGCCUGGGAAAACCUAAAAUGCUGUGAAAUAGAAGACUAUGAUCUAGAAUUAAAUAGCCUUUAUGUACAGGGUGGAUCUAAAGAGUUUGACACUGAAAAUGACAGAAAUUCAAGCAACAAUAUGAAUAAUAUGAUUUCAAACAUUCCAGAACAAGAGGGAAACGAUUUCAUUCGACUGAAUAACGGAAGAUUAGUUUCUAUUAAGAAUUCAAGUUGUAAAUAUUGUUUGGAUUUUAAUGAAGAUGAGGAACUCGAAGUCGAAGAGGAAUUGCUCAACUAUGAGAAUGAAUUUGGGCAAUUGUUUGCAUCCAGAAAUAAUUCAAACGAAAGUUUCUCUCUAUCUUCUCAAAAAGAACUUAUGUCAUCAAGCAAAUCAUUAAUGCUAACUCAAAGUCAAAUAUCCAAUUCCCACGAAAAGAUUCAUACAAACGCACUCAUUUUUGGAGAUCAUAACUCUAAAAGAGGAGAUCUAACAUGGCUCAAACUCCGUAGACAAAGAAGGGAAAUGAUGAAUGAUAAUUUUAAUAAUAUUGGUUAUUUGAGCCAUUCACUCAAGUUUUUGAGUGAAUGGUCAUUUGACGUUUCAAUCAGAAUAGUUAUUGAAAAAACUCACCUUCAGAUUUGUUUUGUUUGGAAUAGAUUAUUAAGGGGAUUUCAAACUCCUCCAAAAAGGAAUGAAGCUCUGGUAUAUUCUCUUUUGAACUUAAUGAUCAAGAAGACUGCAAGGCAACUUUCUAAUAACUUAGACUCUGGAAUUUACCUUGAAGUUGCAAAGAAAAUAACUACCAGUAUUUAUAUUGCAGUGUUUGGGUUUAUAUUCUCACAUUUUGAGUGGAAGAACAUCCCAGCUUCAAUCAAAUAUCUGGAUAAUACACUUUUCUUAUUGCUCAAAUAUUUUGAUUUGGAGGAUUCCUACAAGUAUGAUUUACUCAAUGAAAUUAUUAGCCUAAAUUUUAGGUACAGUCCAAGAUUUAUUCUGGAAAUAUUUUUAAAUUCACUAGAUUAUUCUGGAAUUAUUCCAAUACACCACUUAAAGACUGAUUUGUUGCAACAGAAGAUCAAUCAAAUUGAAAUAGAUAGAUACAAGAACAUUAAAUUUGUUAUUGAUAAAUGCACUAGAUAUGGAAACAAUGGAGUUUAUUUGUUUAAAUAUUAUUUAAUGAGAUCCAAUGAUUUCACAACUAAAGAUUCCCUCCAUACUUUCUUGUCAGUAAUAGAAAAUUCCAAGCAAUCUAAUAAUAGAGAAGAAGACAAUUCUAAUCAAGUUGACUAUACUGAUUACCUUAAUAUCAUAUACAUUUAUCUAGAUAGAAAGCAGGAUAUAAUUCUGCUUUCUCUAAAGCAGACUUUUAAGUCUCUGAAAUCAAACAUUGAUCAGGAGAUUUACAAAUCUCUCCUAUAUGGUUGUUCAAAUAAUGAAAUUGAGUCUCAAAACGAAGAAUUCGAUGAAGUUGAGUUGGAAAAAUCUAUUAGUUCAGGAUUCAUACUAAAUAUUUUAAUAAAGUACUUUAAUAACUAUUAUGAAAGUAUAUCUGAACAAAAGGGAGAUCUCGACCAGAAAAGCAUGGACCAAUCGGAUUUUAGAGGAAAAGAUAAAAGGAUCAAUAUAUCUCCAUAUUACAUACUUUCAAUUUUGUUUUCACUUGAUAUACCAAGAAAGGAAAUCUAUAACCAAGAAUUUUUCAAGUUUCUAAGUAAAUUUUUCCCCUCUCUACUCCAAGUUCUUGAGAAAACUUUUUUCAAAGAAAAAUUAUCCAUGGAUCAAAUUCAAAACAAUCAUGUUAAUGAAAACUUGGAUUCUGACUCCUCCCCCUCGUUCAACAUCACUCAGAUAAUCAAAAUGACAGAUAAAGACUCGGAUUCUCUAAUUAAAAUGAUGGAGUUAUAUCCAGAGUUAAGAAAGAAACUUAAAGAAAAUCCAAAUAAUACAGAAGAGUUUUUUGAGAUAUUUUAUCAUAAUCUCAAUAAACUGGCAGAGGAAGAAGAGUUAGGAAAAUCUAUGGGAAUUUCUGAAGAUAAAAUGACCUUACCAAUAUUGCAUUAUGUAUCAAUGGGAAGACCAUUUUUCGCUUUUAAUCUUUUAUGCAUGAGACAUGCAAGUUUUCAUAAUAACUUGGACUAUAAAGAAUUUAAAAAGGAGGAUUUGAAAUUUCCAGAACUCUCAAUGAAGGAGAAGGUUGAAAUUUAUAAAUCUGUAUACACAUUGGCAAUCAGAAAUUUCACAAGAGACACAGUUGUUUCUAGCAGUAUAAUAUUUAUCUCCAUGCUAGAAUUGUCUACAGAACUUUUAUGUACUGAUAUAAGAGUUGCGAGAUGUAUAUAUAUUCAUCAGAUUCAUAAGAAAGAUGGUAUAAGUACUUCUAAAGUAAAUUAUGACACCCAGGAAAUGGAUAUUAAAAUAGAUUCCCAGAACACUGGAAAAAUUAACGAGAUUUGGAAAAUGUUUCUUAAAUUUGGUCCACCAAAAAUAAGCUCAUACCUGGAAAACAACGAUGAUUAUCAUGAACAAGAUAUUCACAAAGAAUUCCAAGAUAACCAGAAAUAUUCGAGUUCCUUAUUUUUAGUCUUGAAAAUGCUUGAGGAGGCAGCUUGGGCAACUGGAGACAUCAUUACUGGAGGGAAUAAUGAAGAAAAUGACUCAUUUUUAGAUCAGUAUGAAACUGAUCAGGAUGGUAAAAGCAUUGAAAAUGUUGACUUGCUUCCUCACACCCCAAUUUGGCAUUUAGUUGCGACUUUCUGUAGAAUUCAUGGCUUACCAAGAUCCUUAACUUUAUUACAUGAAUUAGCCAGAAGAGGAGAAUGGGUAGCAUUUCUACAAGAAUGUGAUUCUCAGAAAUGUCCAUUAGAAACUGUAGGGAAUAUUAUUAAUGAGUAUAUGUCGGAGAAUCCAGUUUUGAAGCUGCAUUUAAAGAUUGCUUUAAAUAUUAACGAUAAUAAUGAGGACGAGAGAAACAAUGAAUUUACGUAUGAAUCUAACAAGGAAAGUGAUUACAUUAUUAAGUUAGUCAAAUGGGACAGAUUGUUUUAUACUUUGAGAUUAGAUGAUAAAGAAUCGGAACUCGAUGAGAUGAAGAUUCUUGAGUUUUACCACUGGUCAGUUAAAGAAGUCUUUAAAGAUACUAUACAGGAGAUGAGUGUAAACAGGAUUUUUCUCUACUAUUCACUUUUUGAAGAACAUUACCUUAAUCUGGAAAAGAAAUUUCCAAAUUUCAAAGGGAAAAUGAAAGAAUUAAUUAAUUCUUCAAUUAACUCUUAUUUAUUAAUAGAAUUGGUAAAUACCUUGUGUUAUAUUUCUAUUAAUGACAACAUUGAAAAUAUUCAAAAUAAUGAGACAUGGAAAAGUAUCUUUGAUUUUGGAUCAAUUCAAGGGUUUGAGAAUACAAACAAUUCGUUAUAUGAAAUGGAAAGUCUACAAAACUUAGUGGAACAGUUUCUAUACACAAUUUUCCAAGAUAAUAAGCUUGUCGAUACUUCUAAUUCUUGUGAAAACAAAAAUAACCAAAUAACAUUAGAUCAAAAAACAGAUACAGACAAUAUUAAUGAAAAUAUUGAUACUGAUGAUGAUAUGGAUACUGAUGAUGAUGAUGAUGAUGAUGAUAUUUUAACUGAGAGUAAGAGGGAUUUAUUCUUAAAUAUGUUUGUUGAAGAAACUAAAGAUACCAUAUUAAAGAUGAAUGACUUGAAGCUAAUUGUAACUUCUAAUUCUUUAGAUAUACUUUUCGAGACAAAUUUUGGUGUUAAGAAUGAUCAAGAAGAAAAUGAUUUAAAUAAAAAUAACCAAACUGAGGCUCUUAUAUACAAAGAUGAAACUACAAUAAUACUUUGGAGGUUAUUGUCUAAUUUAAAUGAAAAUGGAUUAUUAUCCAGAGCUUCUGCUUUGUUUUACGGAGAGUAUACUCAAGUAACACUUAUUUUCAACUCAAUAGAAUCUUUGUGUUCAUAUGAUGUGGAAGAAGCAACUGAAAAUCUGAAUAAAAUAUUAAUUUAUAAUGAAACUGGACUAGAAAAGGAUAGACAAAUUAUUGGAUUUCUCCCACGUAAAGACUUGGUUAGAGAUUACUUUGAGCAUGAAUUUUUGAGAUUAUAUGGUAAAAUAACAGUGGAAGACCAUAGAGUGCUUUGGAAGAGUUUAAGUGAGAUAAAUUUGGAUAAUAGGUACCCAGAAGAUGAGACCCUAUUUUUUGAAAUAGAAAAACAUGGAUAUAGAAAACAUAUUAUAGAUUUGCUAUAUUUAAAUCUAGAAGAUUAUCAAUUAACUUUUGAACAGUUUGAGAAUUGGUUAUGCAUACCAGAGAAGAUGCUAUUAAGAGAUUUUUAUAACUUAAAAAAGUAUGGAUUGCUUUUAAGGUAUUUGGAGGAGUCUUCUUCUGUAUCAUGCAAGGAAUUAUUGAAUGAUGAUGAGAUUUUGAUUUGGCUAGAAGGCUCGUUUUUGAGUGAGGUUGCAAGUGAAUUGGAUUUAUUCUCAACAAAUCUAAAUUUUAAAUCAUCAUUGAUAAGGAUAGAAUUUAUAAGAAGCUAUUUUUGGGUUGAAUUGAAGAAGUUAUCUGCUUCAAUUCAAAAAAUUUCUAUGGAUUUAACUCCAUUUUUCUUGGUAAAAAUUUCGAUUUAUUGUUGGUAUCUUAUUGAAAAGUUGGAAAGAUGGCUUUCUGCUUUUGAACAGGUUGUUUUGAUUUCUAUUUCCAUUCAUUUUAUAUUCGAGAUUUUGAGAAUAAUGAAUAUUAGGAAAUCAGAGGUUCAAAAGUCAAUGAGUAUGGUGAAGGAAGAAAGUGAUGGUGAAAGUAGAAAAGAAAUUGGGAGCGAAAAGAAUCGGAUUUUCGAAUUUAUUCCAAAAUAUUUUGAUAAAAAAUAUGUCCAAGAAUGCCUUAAAUAUGCAAACUAUAAGUUAUUUUUGUUACUUUUAUCUAAUAUUGGUCUCAAAGAAUUAAGACAAAAUAAAGCAAAAGAAAUCAUACAAGGGUUAAGUAAACUAAUAUCUCAGGGAACAAAAAAUAAACUGGAAGUUGCAGAUUUUGAGUUUGAAUUUAAUUUUGAAUACUUUGAUUUAAUAGAAGAGAUUUUCCUUUCACACAAAGAAAAUCCUGUUAUAUUCACUCCAUCAGGGUAUUUUAAUUUCAAGAAUGUGACUACAGAAAUCCCAUUCAGUAUUCAAAUUCCCAGCAAAAUUUCAUUCGAUGAUCAUCCUGUUGAUUCAAAAAAUGUAAAUAUCUCUGUUCAAAAUAUUGUGAAUUACAUGUUUGAUAUUGGCUUGGCAUUCAAUAUUGGGAUGAGAUUUAUUCCAAACGUAAGAAAUAAGCUGGAAGUCUCUAAACAAAGGUUAGACCGAAAAUUCAAAAUAUUUACUCAAAAACUAUACAACAGUGACUCAAAAUCUUUGGAAUCUCAUAACUCAAACUCAAAGACAAAUAAUGAAACAACGAAUCUCGAAAAUAGUUCAGCUUCUUCCCCAAUAAAUUUAAGCAGAAACUUGCAAGCGUGGGAUUCAAUCACAGAUUAUUUAAUUGAAAUGUACUAUAUAUCUUCUAUUUUCACAAAAGUUAUUUUAAUCUGGGUAUUUAAAGGCUUUAACACAACUAAAUUAAAUGACUCGGUACCUCAAGAAUUUGAGAAUAACAGAUCUUCUGAAAGAAAUGAUUUUAAUGAAUUUCUUAUAAAGUCAAUUAAAUGUUCAGAAUGUUCAUCAUCUUCUAAACAAUCACUUAAAGAAGGUAACACCAUUGUUUGGAGAAGUCUCAUGCUGGCUUUUAAUGAGAAUGAGGAACUUUCAUUAAAUAAUGUUACAUAUAGAAUGAAACUUCAAUCAGUUUUGACUUUGUUGCAGUUUUCUAACGAAAUUUUUCAGAUCUCAAAAUCUAAAUACUCAUAUUACAUAGAUAACAUUAGAGAAAGAGUGGUUAAAAUGAUUCAAGAUUCUCGUCUAUCAGAAAAUCAUUUCAGUGGAGAUCUUAGCAGCUUGGAUAGUUAUGAUGAGUCAACAUUAUUCAAGAUCUCUCUAUUUGUAAUUAGAUUGUUUUCUUCUAAUGAAGUUAUUCCACUUUUUAAAGAAAUUUUGGAGCUUUCCAUUCAAUUUGAAUAUGGUAAUACAGAUUCUGAAAAUAAUGAUGGUAAUAAUGCAACUUGCAUAAUUAAGUUUAAAACAAUUCAAAAGUGCCUUAAAGUUAUAUUAAUUAAUAAUGCCUAUAUAGAAAAAGAGCAAGUGGAUAAUAUGCUUGUUGAACUAAUUAAAGAGAUUAUUAAAAGAUUUCAUAAUAAGCCUUUUAUAACAUCAAUAUUGUAUCAAAUAUGUCAACUUAUUAUGAAUCCUGAUACAAUAAUUGAAUCUUUGAGUAAAGAUAUGGAAUUAAACCAAAUAACAGAUAGAAACAGAAUAGCUACGAUUGGAGAGUCAAUAUAUCUGCAUUUAGUUAGAUAUUACUUAGUAAUGAUAGAUUUUCAGGAUGAAGGUGUUUCAAAGAAUGAAAAAUAUAGCCAAAUAAUUAUUCAUGAUGCAAUUUCUAAAAUAAAUGAGUUACUGGCACAGCAUUCUAAACAACAAUUUGAUGAUGUAUUGUUUACAAACAUAUUAUUGGAAAUCCCUGAAAUUCCUUCACUUAAUGAGUUGAAUUCUACCCAAAUUGAUAAAAUUUUGAUGAAUCUUGAGUUGGACACCAAUGAUGGGACCUUAAAGAAUUCUAGUUCGCGUAUAUUACCUAGUAAUUGGAUCAGAGUAUUAAUUUCCCAACGUGUUCUAAGUAUAUAUAACGAAAGAGAAAUAGAAAAACAAAAUAAUAUUUUUGAACUAAAUAACAAACCCAACAUAAAUUAUAUUAACUUAAAAUUAAAUGGACCAGAUUUACUAGCAGAAUUUCUAGUUAGGAAAUGUCUUUCCAAGCAAUGGAAAACAUGUACAAAUUUUCUUUACUCCAAGUAUGGUCAAUAUGAUUUAAUUGUUGCAUUACAAGCUUUGAUUCAGUCAUGCCAGCUAUUAAAGCUUACAGAAUACCAACAAACUUUUAGAGUUUAUCAGAAUUUGGCUGGACUCUUCUCUUUGCAGCUUUAUUUUGCCAGUUCUUAUUCAAAUUUUAAAAAUGACUUAGAUCCCAAGUCAUACAAUUUUAAAAGGAUCCCAGACUUUCCAAACAAUGGAAUUAUUAGUGAGGAGACUAAAAAAAGCGUUUAUGAUAAACUUUCCUGUGUUAUUAAAAAGGACGAAAUAGAUCAGCUUUUUGAUGACUUAUACCAAGCAAAUAAUGUUAUUGGAGAUAAACCCUCAACACAGAGAGAUAAAUAUAAAUUUGAAACAGAAAAGAUUCGAAUUCUCAAUUUGGACUUGGUUGAAUUAUUUGAAAUAGUUUCAGACCCUCAAGUUUGUUAUAAUCCACCUAUGGUUUUGGUAAUUUUAAAUGGAUACGAGGCUAUUUAUGGACCUAUUGUACAUUCAAUCUGGCCUAGAAUACUAUUCAUUCACUCUAUAAUUCUAGCCAAGUUUGAUUUUUUAAAUGACUACAAAGACGAAUUUGGAGCCUUAGAUGAAGGUAUUUUAUUAUCAAUGAUUAGAAUAUACAAUAAUUCUUUGAAAAAUAAUUAUAACUUAGAAAAAAUAAAUGGAAUGACUUUUUAUGACUUCAUCAAAUCCGAGGAUAGUACCUUGGAAAUUGAUGAAGAUAGCGAAAAAAUCAAAAUUGAUGACAAAAACUUGACUUUUGACAGUGAUUCAGACCCUGAUCAGGACAAUGACCAAGACCUUAUUAAUAUUUACGACUUGGCCUUGAGCUGGAAUGAGAGAGAAAUCAGUGAGAAGCUUUCAAGGAUGAAAAGAGAGGAAAUUUUAGAAAAUUGGACAAAACUCAUUGAAAAUUAUAUAGACGAUAUACAACUAAGGAUUUCAGUAUGUAAAAUGGUAGAUGAGGAUGGGCUUUCAGAUGUGAUCUUUUCAAAUAAGAAACUAUUUAAUGACAAAUCUCUAUAUAAUUUCGAUUUAAGUAGUAAUAUUGAUUCUUAG